AUGAAUGUGAAGAUAACCACAUUCCUGAGUAAAACAGUAACAUUUAUUGAAACUCCAGGAAAGAUCUUGCUGAGUGAAAAAGACGAUCUUGAAAAGUAAAAUAGGCGUAGAGGAAAGAGUAAAAAAGUGUUUGGAUACCCAAUCAGCAUCUUUUUCAUUUUAGUAAAUGAGUUCUGUGAGAGGUUCUCCUACAAUGGAAUGUGAGCUGUGCUGGUGCUGUACUUUAAGUACUUUUUGCUAUGGGACGAUGACUUGGCCACCUCCAUAUCUGAUAAUACUGCAAAGCAAAGAAAAACUUUCUUUUCAGUUUUCUAUCUCUGCAUCAAUGAUGGAAGUCUUCUGUCAACUAUUAUAACUCCCAUCCUUGCUGCACAGCAAUGUGGCAUCCACAGUAUAAGCAAUUGUUACUCUCUUGCUUUCGGAGUGCCUGCAGCCCCAAUGGUGGUUGCUCUUGCAGUGUUUAUCAUGGGAAGCAGUAUGUACUACAAAGCUAAACCAGAGAGGAAUAUCAUGCUCAAAGUGUCUAAAUGCAUAGGAUUUGCAAUUAAAAACCGAUACAGACACAAAGGCAAGCAAUAUCCAAAAAGGGUCUGGUCGGACUGGGCAGAGGAAAAAUAUGAUUGCAUUCAUGUUAUAUUUUUUUCUUCACAUGGUCCAAUUGUCAUACAGCCUGAACAAAUGCAGAUGAUCAACCCAAUCUUGAUCCUGACUCUGGUUCCUGUUAUGGACAGCCUGAUAUACCCUCUGAUUAAAAAGUGUGGGGUGAACUUUACGAGGGAGAUUGACUAUCUGGUGACCAGUUGCAGCCAGAACAUUCUGGAGCUCAACACUCUGAAAACAGUGGAGAUGAUAAUGGACUUCAGAAAGAGCACAGCCCCACCCAACCCCAUCAUCCUGUGUGACUCUCCAGCCGCCAUUGUGGACUGCUUUCGUUUCCUGGUCACCAUCGUUGCUCAGGAUCUCAAGUGGGAGCUGAACAUCACCUCCCUUACCAAGAGAGCUCAGCAGAGAAUGUACUUCCUGCGGCAGUUGAAGAAGUUCAGCCUGCCAAAGACAAUGAUGGUGCACUUCUACUCUGCCAUCAUUGAGUCCAUCCUCACAUUUGUUAUUGUUGGUUUUCUACAGGCUUAUGAUUUGAUUUAUAAGCCACAAUAAGGAAACAAUAAAAUCAGAUUUAUAAAUGGAAUGAGUAAACCACUCAACAUUCCUUCGGCUGCAGUUCAGUUUGGAAUAAUUGACCUUUAUAAAUAUUCCAUCUACUCAGAGAUAAAAAAAUGGAGGGCCACAUUCACCUUGCACAGUGUGUCACAGUCAUGUGAAUACAGCAAGGAUUUUAGAUUUGGUGGCUCAAAUACUUUCUUCAUUCCCAGCACAUUAAACUUUGGACCAAAUUGUCAGGAGUGUAUAACUGAGACAGUGGACAUAGAGCCGAACUCGGUGCACGUGCCCCUCCAGAUCCCACAGUACUUCCUCAGCACUACUGGUGAAGUGAUGUCUUCUGCUACUGGCCAGGAGUUCUCCUACUCACAGGGGGAAAAAAUUACCCAAGCCAUUCUGACCUUAUGUGAAAAAGAGGUGACAAACAAUGUUGGAAAGCCCAAGUGA